UUUAUUUAAUAUGUGUACUAAUUUCAGUAGUUGCAUUUUCAAAUGCGACUUUUGUACCUGCACGUAAUGAGUCGAAUAUAUUUCACUCAAUUAAUUCCCAAUUAUCUGAAGUGAGAGCGGAGCAGAAACAUUGCGUUAACUUGAUUGAUGGACUAUUCAAGGCUAUGGAUCUUCAAAUACUUAAAGCAGAACAGGAAAGACAAGGAAAACUCAUAGACGGACUGGUUAAGGCAACAGAUAUUCAAAGUCUGAAGGCGGACCUGGAAAAACUAAAGAAAGAUGGAGUUGAGAAGCAGUCAGAUAUACAACUUUUUAAAGAGCAACUUAAAACAGAGCUGGAACAACUGAAGAAAGACGGAGAUGAUAAAAAAUCGAGAAUUCACUUUUUUACUGAGGAGCUGGAGCGUCUGGAUAAAUUGAUAGGUGAACUUAAUAAGCAAUUAAAUAAUCAAACUCUUAGGUCGGAACAGGAACGACAAGGAAAGCUGAUUGAUGCACUUCUUAAGAAAACUUACCAAAGUUGUACCGACGCCAAGUCCAGUGGGAUCAAUGAAAUAAUUAUCCCCAAUUUAAUUAGUCACCCUUUUAAAGUGGCCUGCGAUUCAGAAACUCGAGGGGGAGGUUGGACAAUUAUCCUGAGGAGGAUGGAUGGAACUGUCGACUUCUAUCGAAACUGGACCGAAUACAAAGAGGGAUUUGGAGAUCUUAAUGGCGAGUUCUUCUUGGGAUUGGAUAAAAUACACGCAUUGACGGAAGAAAGGAACCACGAAUUACUUGUUGUCCUAGAGGACCUCAAGGGAAUUGAAGCUUUUGAGAUGUAUGACAAGUUUGCAAUCGGCGAUGAAGAUCAACAAUAUGUCCUACACACUCUGGGAUAUGCGAGGGGAACUGCGGGUGAUUCACUUGGUUGGCAUCGUGGCAUGAAAUUUACCACCUACGAUCGAGAUAAUGAUAAUAAGAAAGACAAAAACUGCGCCGUAGUCUACUCUGCCGCCUGGUGGUACAAUGCGUGUCACGCAAGCAACUUGGCAGGGAAGUACAAUGAUAACAGAUGGGACAAGGGCGUCAUUUGGAACACUUUUAAGGGUCAUGAUUACUCCCUCAAAAAAGCAGUCAUGAUGAUUCGGCCAAAGGAGUAAAUUCGAAGACUCUACAAUGUUUGAAAUCUGCUCACCGUUAUAUUAAAAUGUAUUUUGCGAUACCUCAAAGCAUAUUCUAUUACACAUGUUUGUAGAUAGUUUAAUUAUUUAUUUUUUAUUAAAUCUUUUUUUCAUGUAUGUUGAUUGAAUAAAACGACUGCGACGAUAUGUGUACUGGGCAACUAACAGUCGAGCACUUCUUA